UGAUCCUCCAAGCUUCGCCUUGUUAUAAUGUGCUUGCGGCUGGAACGAGCUACACUUCGUGUUUUACUUCCAGCCGCAAGCAUCGUCUUCUCUCCCUGUCGGUCUUCUGUAACAUCGAGUUCAGAAAUUAAUGGAUAAACGGAGAAACUCAACAACAUGUGGCUGAUGUUAUUGUUCUUCCUGAACGUGAACAUACAGAUAAACGCUCUCCAGGUGAUUGGAGGAAACAGGACUGUGGUGCAAGGACAAACAGUUACAUUCAACUGCAAACUUGUUGACACCACAGAGACCCUCACCCAGAUUUCAUGGCAGAGGACGACCAGAGUUAAGAAAAAUAAUGAUUUCUUGACGGUUCUGGAAACAAAUGGACCAGUGUAUGUGAACGGACGCGAUGAUCGAAUCAAGUUUAAUGGGAGCUUCAAUGAGCUUAAUGGAUCUAUUCAGAUCUCCAAUGUCUCAUUGCUGGAUGAAGGCAUCUACACUUGCAUCUUAACUUUGCUCCUCAGCAGAAGUCACAACACACAUGUACAUCUGGAUGUUCUCGUGCCUCCUGUCAUACGUGUGAAGGAUAACCUUCCUACUUUGGCUGAUAAGGAAGUUUGCAUUGCCACCUGCACGGCGGCUGAUUCCAAGCCUCCGGCAAACGUGAGCUGGCUCACAGGUAGCUUAGCAGACAACUUGAGGGCAACAGCCAACUCCACACCUCAAGACCAUGGUAAGACUACCACAGUCAGCUACCUGUUUGGAGUGCCUACCAUGGGAAUCAACCAACAGGUGGUCCACUGUGUCGUCACCAGUCCAGCCCUGUCGAAGGAGGCAAAGAUCCCCUUUACUAUACAAGUUUACUUUGCACCUAUGGAAGUGAAAAUUGUUGAAAAUCCCAAAGAAGACUCAUUUCAAUGUGAGACUGAUUCUAACCCCAAUCUGGAAUUUAACUGGACCAGAGUUGACCAAGCGUGGCCUCAGUCUGGUGUCAGAAUCGAGGGUGGAACGCUGCAGUUUCUGACCAGGAGCUCUGACCUGAAUGGCCUCUACCAGUGUACCGCAUUCAACCAAUAUGGAAUAAGCAGUGUUUACAUCUUUAGAUCUGUGAUUUCAGAACCCAACCCAGUUUGUUGGAUCUUAUUUGCUCUUCUGAUCGUCCUUAUCGUAGCGCCAGCGGUGUGGCAGCUUUAUAAAUCUGACAAACUACCAUUUUUACAUUCAAGGAGAGUCCGGGUCAAACGUAGGGAGAAGGAGGUGAUAAAUCCUGUCGAGACGGCUUUUAAUGAGGACCUUCGAGAAGCAGAAGAAACGGGAGCAUGACACCCACCUCUGCUACACACAUGUUCGUCCAGUGAACUGGUGCAACAGCUCAGGUGCAUCAGUUAAAGGGAUAGUUGACCCCAAAAAUGGUAAUUCACUCACUCGAUGGACAGGGGGGUGAAGUGUUCACAAAACCUUUUUGGAGUGCCAGUGGUUUGUGGAGGAUCAUGCAGCACAUUCACAUAUACACACGGAACCAAGGUACACAAAAAAAUCAAAGGAAAACUCAAUUGAAUAUUGAAUUUCUAUACGUACUCAGUAGUUACGUGGUCCUUUUUUUCCUUGACCGUUUUUUGAUAUGAUUAGAAACGGAGUUAUAUGCUUAUAAGGCAUCAAAAA